UGUCAGAGCAGCCCUAGGGCUUCCUCAGAGCAGGAGCACCCUGCGCCUUGAGGCAUUUGUCAGUGGGCAGCUGCACACUGACAGAAGCCUUGUUUGUUCUAGUGUUGGAGCACAGCGUGCAAACUUGCACGGCAGUGCUACAAUGAUUCAGCAGCUUGCUGCUGCAGUGGUUACUGUUUAUGGCGUGACUUAUUCUGGCUAUUUUCUGACUCACCUGGCACGUCACAUAAAACAUGUAUUCAGCGGAGCUGAUCCUGAGGAGACAAAUGCAACAGCCAUCUCUCCCCUGGCUCCCUCUGCUACUGGAGAAGAAGCCAAAAAGGAGCAAAAUGAGCAAGAUGACCACGAGACUCCAGCCGUGGUCACAGCCCAGCCUGAUCAUCCCAAGAGAGUCCUUGUAGAAAAUAAGCAGGAGCAGACUGCUUUAUCAGAGAUGCCAUGCCAGGCUCAGGGAGAGCUGUUCCCAGCCCGAGAGCAGGAAGAGCAGCUCAGGCAGCAGGUGGAAGAGCCACAGCAGAAUGGCCAGAACAUCAAGUCAGAGCCCCAAGCAGAGCUGCCCGAAGCUCAGAGUGCCAUCAUGGCAGUGAAGAGCAGGAAGAAGGAAGACAUGAGAAGAGUUAGAGAGGAGAUUCAUCUCCAUCAGCACAGGGGCAAUCAACAAAACCAGGUAAGUGGAAGAGUGGCAGCCACUCUACUCAUGAAACAGCGUGUCUAUUCUUGUUUACAGACCAUCAAGGAAGACGUGGAGGCAGAGCUGCAGGAAUCUGAGGAGAGGGAAAAGGCAAGGGAGAAGAGGCUGGAGGAAGAAAUGAAAAUCAUCAGAGAGAAAUUUAACCGCCUCCCUUGGGCUGUACAAAAGCAAGAGACAAAUGCAACAGCCAUCUCUCCCCUAGCUCCCUCUGCUCCUGGAGAAGAAGGCAAAGAGGAGCAAAGGGAGCAAGAUGACCACGAGACUCCAGCCGUGGUCACAGCCCAGCCUGAUCAUCCCAAGAGAGUGACUGAACCAACAGCCAUCUCUCCUCUGGCACCCUCUGCUCCUGCAGAAGAAGCCAAAGAGGAGCAAAUUGAGGGAUAUGACCGUGAGCCUCCAUCGCCGGUCACACCAGAGCCUGAAUAUUCCGAGCCUGUCUUUGUAGAGAAAGAGCAGGAUGAGACUCCUUUACCAGCGAUGCCAUGCCAGGCUCAGGGAGAGCUGUUCCCAGCCCGAGAGCAGGAAGAGCAGCUCAGGCAGCAGGUGGAAGAGGCACAGCAGAAUGGCCAGAACCUUUACAAACAGAUGCCGGCAGAGCUUCAGGAAACUGAGGCUAGGAACAAGGCAAGGGAGAAGGGGGAAGAAGAAAUAAUUGAAAUCAUCAUAAAGAAAUUUAAACCCGUCCUUCAGGAAAGAAUGCCUCUAGAAGAGAAAGUGCAUGUGUUGACAUCCUACCUGGAAGCCUUUGAAGAGUUCCAGCAAAUGACAGGAGACCAAGAGACCCAAGACUGGAGUGAGGCCCAGGAACCAAACCAACCAGAGAUGCUGCAGGAUAAGCACAUCCCGAGGAUGGUGCAGGAAAAGACAAAUCAAGAGCAGGAGAUCUGCAGUGACCUUCUCACUGAAGCAGCAGCAGCAGCACCAUCCCAAGGAGCCUUUGCUCUCCAGCCGGAGAAGUGGAGCUGGGGCACUUGGUUCACCUCCUGCACUGACCCAGCUGCCGCUCAGCAACAGCGGAUCGAGGAUGACUCCCUGCAGCAAUGGAGGAGAAUGGUGAAGAUGGAAAAUCCCAUGAUGAAAUACACGGAACUGGAAUAUAUUGGCAGCGGGACUUUUGGAGAUGUUUGUAAAGCACUCGACACUGCCACAGGAGGAGGGGUGGCCAUAAAGAAAAUAAAUCUUCAAGAACUGAUCAGAAGGGAAGUAACCUUUAAGGAACUCAUGGUCAUAAAAAUUAAUAAGCACCUAAACAUUGUGAAUUAUUUAAAGAGCUACCUUCUGGGUGAUGAACUCUGGCUGGUUAUGGAGUACAUGGAUGGAGGUGCCCUGAGCGAUGUCAUCAAUGAGACUCACAUGUCUGAAAGAGAGAUUGCAGCCGUCAGUCGGGAGUGCCUGCGAGGACUGGAUUUUCUUCACUCAAACUACAUGAUCCACCGAGGUCUGAAGAGCUGCAACAUCCUUCUCAGAACCGACGGCUCUGUCAAGCUGGCUGACUUUGGCCUCUUUGCUCAGCUCACUCCUGAGCAGAGUAGACAGAGCUCCGUGGCCGGCACUUCUGGGUGGAUGGCGCCUGAAGUGGUGACAGGUCAACCAUAUGGCCCCAAAGUGGACAUAUGGUCUUUUGGAAUCGUGGGCAUUGAAAUGGUGGAAGGAGAAGCUCCUUACUGGAAAGAAACUUCUGGCAUGGUAAGGAGCAAAUACUGACGGAUCCUGCUGUCUUUCUCACCUGUCCUGUGUUCUGUGUGCCACUGGACAAAAUCCCAUUGCCAUCUGCUGGCACCACUUCCACCAAGAUCCCCUCCUAAAAAUGUCCCUGCAGCACAUCAGCAUCUGCUGAUUUGGUUGCAUGAGAAGGGAAGUGGCAGUUCAGAAACCUAAGCAGUUCAGACACAUAACCAGUUCAGGAACCUGCCAUUUAGGCCUCCAGCCAUGCCUGGCAUUUCUCAUUUGCUUUUUGAACAGUGUUGGAGCUCUGUCUCUGAAGGACAAAACAUUUUCAGUGGAAUGGUUGGAUGUGUGAUAAAUAUCCUUCAAAAUGGAGGUUCAAUCAUCCUAGUUUCAAUUGUACAGCA